GCUAUCCUUACCUUAGUAAGUAAGCCAAAUACUCGAAGAAGAAAGGCAAUUUUAUAACAAAAAAAUUAUAAUUAUACUUUCAUAAGUCUCUUUUGUUUUAUUCAAAGAAAUCCCAAAAAAUAGGACAAUAAACAAAGGAACAUGAUUUUCGAUCAUCAACAACAUGACAAAAUCAAGAAUACUCGGAGUUCUGUCUCAGCUCCUUCUAACGUUCGUUAUCUCUCCCAUUUUGGCGGUUUCAAGUUUAUCGGACGGUGGAGAUCAUGAGAGGUUUAGGCGACGUGAUCCUCUUAACAGCUUUAGACAUUACAACGGAGGCUUCGAUGUUCGAAACAAACACUAUUGGGCUGCUACGGCAUUUACGGGAUUUCACGGUUAUGCUGUCGCCGGAUUGUUGAUUAUUCUCGGAGUAUGUUUGGGACUUUACGUAGCUUUCUCCGACAAAAGUAGACGCGUUCCUUCCACGCGCCGUCGAUAUCUCAACCGUUAUUAUCUUCCUCUGUUAUUACUUCUUCUCCUCGUCAUGCUUCUGUCCAUGGUAACGAUAGGGAUAGUGAUAGCAGCGAACCAGAGCUCGAAGAACAGAACAGAGGAAAUGAAAGAAACCAUAGACAAAACAGGAGAAGAUGUUGAGAGAAACAUCCGUACAGUGAUAGUGUCGUUAACUAAGAUACAGUACUUGUUGCUUCCAUACGAUCAGAAUACGACUCAUCUUCUCAACGUCACCACCCAUCGUCUCGGAAAAGGAUCUCGCCUUAUUCAAUCCUUCCUUCGUCAUAACGGUCGUUCCAUUGAUCUCGCCAUCAAAAUCUCGUAUAUAUCUCAUCUAAUGAUUGCAUCCACCAACUUGUUCGUUCUGCUUCUAGCCUUUGUACCUCUAUUUCUUCACUGGCACCCUGGAUUUAUCAUGGUGAUAUUCUUGUGUUGGAUCAUAACAACUCUUUGUUGGGUUCUAACUGGAUUCGAUUUCUUUAUUCACACCUUCGCUGAAGACCUUUGUUUAGGUUUCAGUGGUUUCAUACAAAACCCACAAAACAGCACACUGACUAAUCUUUUCCCUUGUAUGGAUCCACUUCAUUCUGAUAAAAGCCUAAAUGCAAUAAGCUUGAUGAUUCACACCUUCAUCACCGAGCUAAAUUCAAAAGUAGCAGAGUCAAUGCGUUCUAAUGCGUUGACUGAUCGGAGCAAUACUGUUUCGUGGGCGCCUGAAGCUGGAAUCAUUUGCGAUCCGUUUGUCGGACAACAAAUUAACAGCUACACGCCACAAAGUUGCUCCAAUGGAGCCAUUCCAAUCGGCGAAUUCCCAAACAUUCUUUCGAGAUUCACAUGCCACGACAAAGAUCCACCAGAAACGUGCAGAACCACCGGGAAAUUCAUCCCGGAAUCAGCUUACCUCAAGGUCUAUGCAUACAGCAACUCAGCUCAAGGCAUGCUCGACAUCUUGCCUUCUCUUCAAAACCUAACAGAAUGCCUUGCCGUAAAAGACACGCUAUCGAGCAUAGUCUCUAACCAAUGUGAACCCUUCAGAGCUUCGAUGUAUAGCCUUUGGGCAUCGAUCCUUGCUCUGUCUCUUAUCAUGGUGGUUCUAGUUUUGCUCCUCCUCGCUAAAGCUUUCCAAGAGAAAGGAAAAAGUUUUGCUUGGUUUUCGAUUCAUCCAACUUCUUCUGCAGAUAUACGACAGGUGAAUAUAUAGCAUACUGUAUUUUUUUUUUUUGGAAUUUACAUUUUAAAGAAAAUAUCAUUGAAAGAUAAGAGAGUGUUUAAAAAGUGUAAAUAUGACAUUGUAUCAAACAUUUGUAAUAAGUGUGAGUGUGUGACUGAACAAGCAAACUGUAUACAUUCAAAUAACUAUCACCAGAAUACUAUUUACCUUAUGUUGUA